AGACAAAUUUUGGAGUAUUCGAUUAUUCUAUUCUUGAUAUAUUGAUCUAAUCGUAAAAGAAGUUUACUUUAGUUGAAUUCAACGAAAUAUGGCUGGAAAUUUAGGAUUUAAUGUUGGGUCAUGUGGUUCAAAUUUACAUCCAACUCUGUUCCCUGCAUCAGAUUUCAAUCCAGAAAAUGAUUGUGAACGAUUAAGAAAUGCUAUGGCAGGAUUAGGGACAAAUGAACAAGAUUUAAUUGAUAUAAUGGGUCAUCGUUCCGCAGAUCAACGUGCAGUUCUUGUAAAAAAAUUUAAAUCACUGUAUGGAAAAGAUUUGAUUGAAAAUUUUAAAUCUGAACUUAGUGGACACUUUUACGAUACUAUGGAAGCAUUGUGUUUAAGUCCAUCAGAAUUCGAUGCCCGUGAAUUACACAGAGCUAUGAAAGGAGCCGGUACAAAUGAAUCUGUACUGAUUGAGAUUCUAUGUACUCGAACAAAUCAUCAAUUGAAGCAGAUAAAAGAAGCUUAUAAACUAUUCACUGGACAUAAUCUUGAAAGUGAUGUAAGUGGCGAUACAUCUGGAGAUUUUAAACAUUUAUGUAUUGCAUUGUUACAAGCAAGCAGAGAUGAAUCUACACAUGUUGAUCUACAACUUGCACAUAAAGAUGCUGAAGCCCUAUAUCAAGCAGGUGAGAAAAAAUGGGGAACUGAUGAAUCAAAAUUUAUUCAAAUUUUUGUUUCACGAUCUCCUGAACACUUAAAAGCCGUAUGUCGAGAAUACAGUAAUGUGAGUAAGAAAACUUUAGAAGAUGCUUUAAAAUCUGAAAUGUCAGGAAAUUUACUACAGGCUCUUUUGGCCAUUGUUCAGUGUGCAAAUAACAAAGCAUUAUAUUUUGCUGACAAAUUAAAAAAUUCUAUGAAAGGAGCUGGAACUAAUGACAGAGAUUUAAUUCGUAUUAUAGUGUCACGUUGUGAAAUUGAUUUACAUUUGAUUAAGAGAGAAUUUUACGAUCUAGCUGGUGAUUCUUUAGAAUCUUGGAUUGAAGUAAGUCAAGAAUAAUUUCUUACUAGUGACUUUAUUAGAAUUAAAUAUUUUAUUUCAGACGUAUAUACAUAUUGUUAUCCAAUAAGUUACGAUCUUUAUGUCGGGCUUUUUAUCACGUAAAUUAUCCACCAAUCGAAAUACGACUUUUCCAAUAUAUAACUGUGCCAAACCAAUGACUUUCAAAUAGUAUGAGCAGUCUAGCAUCCUUAUUGGUCCCAUUUCCGCCUAGCUCUUCCGAUCGAGUCCAGAACACCAAUUACAGCUUCUGCUAUGCGAAUCAUUUAUUUCAAGCAUACUCCGUUUAUAUACUAGACAGACAGACCGCAUCACACCAUAAAAUAGAAAAUAAUAUUUAUACAAGAUCAAGCCACAUGUGGCUGUGAACGUGGGAUACUAUAAUCAAUAAACUGAAUAUAAUUUAGGGACAGUAAAUCGUAUAAUAAUAAUUCAUAGGUCGAAAUGAAACUUAGGAUAAGAUGAAUAUAGACAUACACAAUCUAAUUACUCAAUUGUAAAACAUUAGGAAUAUAUAUAGAAUAAUCGUCCAUUAAUGGGUCCCGGAAGUUACCCGUAUUUAUUUCUUCACUAGGAUAUAACACAUAUGUAUAUGAUUGUACUUCCAACGUAAACAAGGACAUAUUGAGUGAAACGUUGACUAAGUGCUCGAUUGAAUUCUUUUAAUAGUGUGCCGCGUUUACGAUUUCUGACUCACCACCUAACCAUAGGAUAAGAUAUGAGUACAGACAUUUAAUAUGAUUAUAUACUAAUCCAACCUAUCAGUAUCCUACAUAAUAUCUUAUAAAGAUCAAUUAUGUGCAGUGUAUGGUCUGGAGUAAAUUUGUUUUACUUUACACUGACACCAUGAAAAGAAUAAUUUAACAAGCUAAAAAUUAAAGAAGUAAAAUUAUUAAUAUCAAUUGUAGUGAAUUAUUGAACACUGAGAUAUAUUUCAAAGCAACUAACAAAAAUGGGUAAUUAAUUGGCUCAUUUAUGUAAAGUUAAAUUUGGUAUAAAUUACUCUUCAACAAUAUGUGCUAAAAGACAUUGACAUUGAAUAGGAAUAAUAUAUUUGUAAAAUCACAGCGAAUGAAUAUGAAGUAAAGGCAAAACUAAACUACAUGGACGACCUUUGAACAAAUCUUAAAUGACCUUGAGAAAUAUAAUCCAAUCAGAAGACAGUUAGUAUACAGUGAAAAUAUAUUAUACAAAACUCAAAAUUAAACAGGAUACUGUUCUUUUACAUGACUUAAUAAGUUAUCAAGGUUAGAUAUAGGUUCAGAAGUUCUAAAAUCAUAGUGCAUACGAAACAGGAACUCAUCCAUGUGGCUCCAUAGUAGUCGACCUCUGGAACCAUUAUAAGGUCUCAAAAAUUCUUUUAGCCUCGACUACAUAGCUUCAAUGUUGUUGGUAUGGUUUUGGGUUUAGGGUUACAGUUAAGGUUUAGGGUUAUAACCCUUAUAAGGAUGAGACUAUAAAUUAUGGACGACCUUUGAGCGACGCUAGGGUGACUCUGAGAGUGUCAACAUAAUAAAAAAGAUUAAAUAAGGUUAUAAACCUGUGUGAAGAAUUCAAAUUAUGAUUUACAGUUCAUGGUUAAGGUUAGGAAUUAUACAUAGGGUUUUCAUCAAGAACUGACAUCAGCUAUUAUGCCAAAACUCUAUUUAUACAAAUGGAUAAUUGAAUUUUGCGCAAAAAUCUUAUGAUCACUUCUCUUUUAGACGCUGAAUUAUCACGUCUUCUCUAAAAACCGUUGUAAACCGACCGUACGUAAGCAUCAGGUACCGAGCUUAGCGCCGUGACCUUGAAAACCCGCGAAAGCUUCUGAUUGGCUC